AAAAGGGACGAAGCUGAUGAAGAAAAGCGACCCGUCAGGCCUUCUUCCCCUUCAAUUCCUCCGCCAGACAGCCGACUACUCAGUCACCGUACCACCGAGUCAACCCACUCUACUCCAAAGCUCAUCCGAUCUUUCUAGAUUCGUCGUUAAGGAAAACCACGAUCGCGGCUUCAUGAAGUCGAUGAAUCUCAUAUCAUUCCCUCACUCAAAUACGAGUACGAGAAGCAGGACGAAACGAGUUGAGACCGACUGA